UUCUCCGCCUUUGUGUUUCCCUCCCCCGGCUUCGGUUACUUCGAACCUUCAUAAAGGCCGGCCUCACCUCCUGGCUCCCGGCACAGCACAGCACAGCAGGGCGCGACGCGUUCCCCGGACCAGACCAGCCCCAGGCGACACGCAGUCACGGAGAGAGUUGGGAGAACGGAGGUGGCCGGGAGGAAGAUGAAGGCCAAGAGCGGCGCCGCCGCCGGGGAGAGGAGGCCGGUGCUGUCGAGGACCAUACUGCUCCUCUGCGCCUGCAGCUUCGGCCUCGGCAUGCUCUUCACCGACCGGUUCGGAGCGAUGCCGGACUUGAAGAGCCCGGUGGUGGCGCAGCGGCGGCGCCAGGAAGAGGAGCUGCAGAUCGUUUCUGAAGAUUUUAUUGCCAAGACGAAACCAUCUGACGACAGGGACGUCAUGGGAGAAGUGGCCAAGACUCAUGAGGCCAUACAAUAUUUAGACAAGUCGAUUGCCACGCUACAGAUGGAGCUGGCAGCGCGGCGCAGCAAGCAUGAGCUGCUUGAGAGUGCGGAUGGCAUGAGGCAGGACAGGAAAAAGGCUUUUGUGGUGAUCGGGAUCAACACCGCCUUCAGUAGCAAGAAGCGCCGGGAUUCUGUCAGGGAGACCUGGAUGCCUCAAGGUGAGAAACUCAAGAAAUUGGAAGAGGAAAAGGGAGUCGUCAUUCGAUUCAUGAUCGGUCAUAGCCCGGCAUCGAACAGCGCCCUUGAUCAGGCGAUAGACGUGGAAGAUGCUAUUCAUCAUGACUUUCUUAGGCUGGACCAUGUUGAAGGUUACCACAAGCUAUCUGCAAAGACCAAGACAUUCUUCUCCACUGCUGUGGCCUCAUGGGAUGCUGAUUUUUAUGUCAAGGUGGAUGACGAUGUCCAUGUCAACCUAGGAAUGCUCCUCACAACCCUCGGGCGGCACAAAUUGAAACCCCGUGUCUACAUUGGCUGUAUGAAGUCUGGACCGGUUCUUUCCGACAAAAGUUCGAAAUACCACGAGCCCGAGUUCUGGAAGUUCGGAGAAGACGGGAACAAGUACUUCCGGCACGCGACCGGGCAGAUAUACGCCAUCUCAAAGGACCUCGCCACCUACAUCUCAGUCAAUAACCCCCUUCUGCACAAAUUCGCGAACGAAGAUGUGUCGCUGGGAGCAUGGUUCAUCGGGCUAGAUGUGGAGCACAUCGACGACAGGGACAUGUGCUGCGGAACGCCACCAGACUGCGAGUGGAAGGCCCAGGCGGGGAACGCAUGCGUUGCGUCGUUUGACUGGAGGUGCAGCGGGGUCUGCAACCCAGUCGAGCGGCUCAAGGACGUGCACAUGAGGUGCGGCGAAGGAGACGAAGCGAUCUGGAGCGCCUCAUUCUGACGAGGUCCUAACAAGUAUUCAGAGUCAAGAGGUUCUGUCCGGGUAUAGAUGUAGACAGUGCAGAUCAUAUAUAGCUGCCUGAAGGCUCCCCGAGUGUGAGAUCAGACCGCAACACGAUUGGGUGGGAGAUGUCAAGAGAAGAGAUGAUUUGGCGUAUUAUCUGAUGAAGGAACAAACAGGAGGAGAAUACCGGACGGACACACCUCUUAUUAUUUUCUUUCUCUCUCUUUUGUAUCUUGUAGAGGUAGAGGUGAUAGUCAUAUACAGAUGCAGGGGCUUGUUUGGGGGCACACAUGUUGAUUUUCUCCGUACAUAAACAUAACUGCAUUCAAUUAAUUGAUUCAUUUCGUCUGCUACCA